AAAAAAGUUUAAUGACUGCAGUGGAAACACUGCACUACUUUUUUAUUUCUUCCAAAACCAAGCAUUUGCUUGGGAACAGCAGAGAAUCCCUUCCUGGAUCAAGAGCCUUGCUGGCUAAUAUUCGUUUUGUGCAUGUAGGUCAGUAGCGAUUUUUGAGAUACUUGUAGUGUUUAAGUCAGAAACUGUACUCGUUAGUAUUUAGUUAGCGUUGUCUAUAAGGCUUCCUUAGUACUUUUUGCUAGCAUUCUGGUAAGUGCAUUUUUUUUGGGGGGGGGGGCUUAGUUUGAAUAUUAGUACUUUUGAAAUAAAUACCUGCAGUCAACUUGUGCACGAGGUAAUAAAGCAGAUCGCGUUCAUCAUUUCGCCUGUUUAAAUAUUUUUUCUUUAUGAAGCUUACCGGUACUAGUUAGCCCAUAACAGCGGUUUGAGCCAGUCACGUCUGUUUGUUUACAAAGAAGCACAACAAGAAAAAUGUGAGCUUCGUGAGGGGAGUCACUCCUGCAGCACAACUUAAAUGAGGCACAAGCAUCUGCUGAAGUUCCUGAACCUGAAGAGAGGAGAGAAGUUUGUGGACGGAUGGAUGCUUCAGAUGCAUUUUAUUUAUGUAUGACAUUGGCUACGAUAACUGGUGUUGAACUUGAAUGUCAUUUAAGGCUUGCAAAUGCUGUGUUCCUACUGGGGACCUGAAAGCAAUGCAGGGACCAUACAUCACGUUUCUUCACUAUGACAUGGCUUUCCAGCUGAAGCCUCAUUUACAGCCAUUUAGAAAAGCAGUCCUGAUCUGAUGGUGGACACCACAUUUGCAGUGCCAGCCUUUCAUGCCUAUGCUUGUAAUGCUGACUGUCAGGUCACUGAUGGUACCAGGUAUGUGACUGGUAGUGGGCUUGCUGACCGAGAACAGAUGGAGAGGUUGUUGUUCUACCUUGGAAAAUGUGAAAGAUCACAGAAGAGAUGACACCAUCUCAUCGUGUUGACACCCUCACCGAUGCCCUCUAUUACGGGGUCCGGGAGAAUCAAGCAACGGCAAUACAACUCUGUCAGCAGAAGGUCCUGAAGGAGGAAACUGAGGCAAAGGAGGCGUUGUUGGGGCUGCUAGACAGCAUUCCAGGCAGCACACUGUCGAACAUGGAAGUUUGGACCCGUAAGAUAAAGGAAACCCUCACAGACAAGAGGAUGUUGUCCCUUACCUGGCAGGAGAGGCGUGGAAACUCUGGCAGAGCAACAUCGAGUCGCAUGCACAAACUAUUGCUGUGCAGCUCCAGAAAAGUCAGGUGGACAUCGGAGAGAAUAAAAAAGCAGAUCAACUCAUACAAUGGAAGGAACAAGUCACCUCAAUUCCCCCUAAGACUGGAAUACAUGGAUGUUCUCCAGCAAGACCAUCCAGUCUGGUCCCAGGUGUCCAAACAUUUGGGGGACAGACUGCUCUGGGCCAAGCAGCAUGCAGUGAUGCUGCACAAGGUCCUAAACGAUAUCCUAACAGCCAUCGCUAAAAGACUGUACUGUGCAGCCAACUUCAUCGAUCUAGCCAAGGCUUUUGACUCUGUCAAUCACCGUAUUCUUAUCGGCAGACUCAACAGCCUUGGUUUCUCUAAUGACUGCCUCGCCUGGUUCACUAACUACUUAUCAGAUAGAGUUCAGUGUGUCAAAUCGGAGGGCCUGUUGUCCGGACCUCUGGCAGUCUCUAUGGGGUACCACAGGGUUAAAUUCUCGGGCCGACUCUUUUCUCUGUAUAUAUCAACAAUGUUGCUCUUUCUGCGGGUGAUUAUUUGAUCCACCCCUACGCAGACGAGACCAUUCUGUAUACUUCUGGCCCUUCUUUGGUACAAACCUCUAAGCAAGCUUCAAUGCCAUACAACACUCCUUCCGUGGCCUCCAACUGCUCUUAAAUGCUAGUAAAACUA